AUGCAAGAGAAGUACCUCAGGAAGUGGUGGAAGGUCACGGCUCAGGAACUCAUCGACGCUGGUGCCGAAUACAAGGUCAACGAGAAUACAAAGACAAAGGCGAAGAAGUUCUCGCUGUACCAGGUCUACGAAUAUGUCAAGAAACAUAAUAAGCUUGACAGGGAAGAGCUCGAAGCUGUGGUUGAGGACGAGAAAGACCGCAUAAACAGGGCAAGGACGACGUACACGAGUUACCAGAACGGUGAUUUCGCCGGCGGCGGUAUUGAUUACGACGACUGCCCCUGGUGGUGA